UUUGAUUCAUUUCUAAAAGAGAUUUAGAAUGUCGGCUGACUGGAAUGUUGAUAAGUACCGGAGUUCUCAUGAACCUACUCAUCAUUGGGAGCUCAAAAAAGCAUUUAUGGAGUCCAUUAAACACCAAUAUUCUGAGCAGGAAGUAGUCUGCCUGGCUCAAACUCUAGGAAAUAUUGAGUUUAUGGGGUGUACCUACCCUCAUGAUACUAUGGUGCUGAUAAGAGAAUUAUCAGUGGGGGUAGUGGAGGAGUUCCGAGAGAACAGGAGAGGAAGGUUACAAAGAACAUUUGUUUCAGGGUCGGCCGCUGCAAACUCCAAGAUAAACCGGACGAAUCCAUCUUUUAAGAAUACAGGGGAGGAAGGAGAAAAUACUUCACUGAAACGAAGUGGAGAAGGGGAGGGAGAAUAUUUAUCAAAAAGAACAAAAUAUGCAAAUUUUGUCGCGGCUUCAGACUCCAACUCAGAAAUAAAAGAGAUCCCAGGGUUUAUCCUUCCACCAGCCAAUAACAGAGAGAAUUGUGUCCGAAGUGUAAGAUUAGAAGAUGGAGAUCUUAGGAUAAGAAUAAAUAGAAACCAAGGGAAUUCAGAUGAUCUUUCCAGUAAACCAGAAGAAGAAGGAGAAGUUCAAAGAUCAUUUAGAAUGCCCAACUAUCAGAAAAGUGUUCGACUAGAGCUGAGAAUGAACUAUGAUUACCCUUUACACGACUUUCUGCUUGUUACUUUAGCGUAUAUGCCUGACGAGAAUCCUUGUAACAUACUUCAACGAUCUGCAGGGUUUUGUAAGAUGACGGUUGGAUGGCAGUACCGUGGUGCUAAGGAGUGCUACGUCAGCAUUAACAAUUAUGAAGUGUGCUCAGAGUUUGGAGACAGUAGGUCUGAAGCAAGGGACGCUGCCACUAAGAGAGCAGUGGAAAUUCUAUCAGAAAAUUGUUACACUGUGGAGAUAAAAAGUAAAUAUUUGUCAGACGGAACACAGGUUGAUCUCAUAGAUGUAGAGGAUAAUACCAAAGUUGGAGGAAAAAAGGAAGCGCUGGGAACAGGGAACGUUGGCCAUAAACUUCUUAGUCUUAUGGGUUGGUCAGGUGGAGGACUGGGAAGAGAUGGAGGUGGGAUUAGUGAACCUAUAACUGCAAAAUCUAUUUUUGGGAGAGAGGGAUUAGGAGCUACUGGAGUUGGAAAACAUUUUAAGCAGAAAAUACAAAAAAUUAUUCAGGAAUAUAUUAGCAGUGGGAGUCCCUACGAUCUAGUUUUCACAACAGGAUUUGAUAACGAACAAAGGAAAUCUAUGCAUGAUAUGGCGAGAAGGUUCGGGUUGAAGAGUAAAAGCUAUGGUAAAGGAGACGACCGUCAUCUGACUUUAUCAAGAAAAUUUGAUGCUAAGAGUUUAGUAGAAGAAUUACUACGGAGAGGGGGAGAAUCUGAAAAAUAUGUUCUCAUUCCUCCUUCAAAAUAUUCAUAGUUCCAGAUCAAAAUAUUCAUAGUUCCAGAUCAAAAUAUUCAUAGUUCCAUAUCAAAAUAUUCAUAGUUCCAGAUCAAAAUAUGCAUAGUUCCAUAUCAAAAUAUUCAUAGUUCCAGAUCAAAAUAUUCAUAGUUCCAGAUCAAAAUAUUCAUAGUUCCAGAUCAAAAUAUUCAUAGUUCCAGAUCAAAAUAAGCAUAGUUCCAGAUCAAAAUAUGCAUAGUUCCAGAUCAAAUUAUGCAUAGUUCCAGAUCAAAAUAUGUACAGUUCCAGAUCAAAAUAUGCAUAGUUCCAGACCAAAAUAUUCAUAGUUCCAGACCAAAAUAUUCAUAAAUCCAGAUCAAAUUAUUCAUAAAUCCAGAUAAAAUUAUUCAUGUUUCCAGAUCAACAUAUUAAUAGUUCCAGAUAAAAAAAAUUCACAGUUCCUGACCAAAAUAUUAAUAGUUCCAGAUUAAAAUACUCAUAAAUCCAGUGGCCCAAUUUAAAGAAUUUGAGCGGCGGUUUAAAUUGUAUCAAAUGUUUCAAGAUUUAAGCCGGUUUUUGGCAGAUUUAAACGGUGGCUCAAAUUCUUUAAAUUCCAUCUCAGAUCAAAUUAUUCAUGUUUCCAGAUCAACAUAUUCAUGGUUCCAGAUCAAAAAAGUCACAGUUCCUGAACAAAUUAUUCAAAG